CUUAUCCUGAUGGUUCCAAAACGUCCUCUAGCGAAUUGGUAAAUAAGUGCAGCUAAAGAAGUCAGUUGUUCACAAUUCAUACGCUAUCAUACGUUCUAAUCAGAUUAUAUGUUAUGUCAGUAACUUACUCUCCACGUCCCUUUGAGCAUGGCUUUUCCAUAAGGUCUCAUGAUCUUGAAAAGUUUGACAAUGCCUACCCCCUAUUCCAUUGAUUUGGAAUAUUCCAAGAGUGACCUUUGACUUUAUUGGAUUUUUUCCCGCCGUUUUAUCUCUUGCUUUGGCAAGCUUCUUCUUCUUCUUCUUUGAAACCAAAAGACAAGAACUACUACGCACUGAGGAUUAGGACAUGAUGGCAUCCUUGGCAGGACAGAGAUCACCAGCAUCAUCGGACUUCUGCCACCAAGCACACGCUGGAGCCCUCUUGCAGGGUUUGGAGGGACUGCGAUCCAACAGCCUGCUGGUAGACAUCAUCCUUUGCGUUGCCGGAAAAGAGAUUCCGUGUCACCGAAACGUCCUGGCCGCUUGCAGUGGAUACUUCCAGGCCAUGUUCUGUAACGGACUUCGCGAGAGUAAGGAGCACAAGGUCACCAUUCACGAAGUCAGUACCAGCACUGUGCAGCUUCUUGUCGACUACGCGUACACUUCCAAAGUCACCAUCACGGAGGACAAUGCUGUGGAACUCCUGGAGGGGGCCAACUUCUUCCAGAUCCAACCUGUUUUUGAUGCGUGCACAAAGUUUCUAUCUGAACGUCUGUGUGCAGAGAACUGUCUGAAGAUGUUAGCCCUUGGCGGCCUGCUGGCACCUGACUUGGAGAAGAAGGCACUGCCGUGCGCCACGAAGGAGUUUGAGGCAGUCACCAAAACACCUGAGUUCCUUUGUCUGAGAAAGGAGCAGCUCAUCACUCUCAUCUCGUCUGAUGACCUCAAUGCUUCAGAAGAAACGGUAUACACAGCAGUGAUGGCGUGGAUCAACCAUGACACUAGGGGGAGGAGGAAGGAGAUGAAAGAGCUGAUGGAGCUGGUUAGGUUCCCAUUCAUGGACAGGCUGUACUUCUUAGAGAACGUAGAAAACAACAAUGCAGUACGCAAGGCUUGCCUGGACAUUGUGGCAGAAACUCGAAAGUACCAGUUGUUCCCGGGAGAGGUCCAGUCGCCACGCACCCGUCCCCGCCGUGCCAGCGGUCUGAAGGAGGCAGUGGUAGUCAUCGGAGGGAGAGAGGUACCAGGAAGUGAAGAAUUUUUAUACAUAGAUACCGACUCCAUGAUAAUGACCUGCUCUGCUGAGGCAUCAAGCUCAGAUUGGGCUCCUUUAACACACAUGAGGCAUUGCAAUGGGUCUGGAUUCGCUGUAGCUGUUCUGGGCACAAGUGACAUAGUUGUGUCUACGGGUAAUAGGAGUGCCAGAAAAGAAGUGUGGUUGUAUAAUGUAGAACUGCACAACUGGGCCAGACUUGCUGACAUGAAGUUUAACCGGUAUUAUCACAAGCUGGCAGUAGCUCAAGGCAAGGUGUAUGCAAUUGGUGGCAAAGACAACUUCAGAUACGCGCUAGAUUCUGUCGAGGUCUAUGACCGAAGACUGAACAAGUGGACUGAAGGUAUUGAACUCCCGCAACCGAGAUACCGACAUGCUGCUGCAGUGUUAGAUGGUAACAUAUACGUCUUGGGUGGCUGCGAUGAUUCUCGCCUAACAACUUCCACAGUGUACCGUUUCAGCCCAGGAGACGCUCAGUGGCUUCCACAGAGUGACAUUCCUGUAGAAUGUCGUAACAUCUGUGCUUCAGUUGUCAAUGGAAGCAUCUACAUCCCUUGGCUCUCAGGCAUUUAUAGUUUCAUGCCUGGUGAAAAUGGGGGUUCCUGGAGUCAGGUGAUGACAGAAGGUGUCAGAACCUCGCAGUAUGGAAUGACUGUCUUUGGAGGGAAGAUUUACAUCUGUGGAGGCAACUACAGCAGUAGUCACUACCAUGAAGCCCAAAAAGUCUGGUGCUUUGAUCCAGAGACCAAGUCACUUCAGCAUGUUGGUACCAUGCCACUUGGGCUGUAUGGCCAUGCUUGUGUCACUAUACUGAAAUAAAAUGGACCCUGUACAUGGUUUUCUUGCUCAUGCUACUAUGCAGAAACUUACUCGUGGCCUAUACAGUAUACCUUUGUCAGGCUCUGCCAAACUAGGCUGAGGUUUCUACUUUUGUGGGGUGACCUCUUACGUUCUGUCAAGUGUCAACCAAUCAGAAAAUGACUUACAUGUUUUCUUUAGGUAAAGCAGUGCCUCCCCAAGGUAUACUGUAUAUGCCACAGGCAAGGCUCUGUAGAGGAUGAUGGUUUUGUUCAGCCCCAGACCCCAGUUUCUACUGCAUCAGCUCAGCAAACCAUUGGCAUGCUCCCUUUGAUUCGACAUAUUCCAGUAUUGCUUGUACAUGUAUUAGACUUGGCAAUUUUGCCUUCAAGAGGACAGAAUAGCCACAAUUUUGUGGCUAGCAUUACUAGCAACAAGAUGUGGUCAAAUGGAUUGAAUGACAAACAACUGAGGGUAUCCCUGCUUGGUAAUACUAAUGCCAUGGAACUACUACUAGUACAUUGUAUGUAGGCCAUAUUAGCAAGUUUUGUUAAAUAACAUUCAGUUACUUUUCUUCUAGCUUAUAGUAUACAACAAUAUGUUUUCUGUUGUGGCAAUAAGCUAUUUCAGUUUUAGUCCCAUAAAUAAUGUGGGUUUGCAGAAUUCUAUGGAGGUAAUGAUAUCCCAAAUUAUGAACAAAUCCAUUAAUGUUUGCCUUAGAUAUGUUUUAACAUAUAUUAUUAUUUAAGUACUAGUAUUGUCCUUCAUAAUAACUGUUUAUACAGCACAAUCUCCCUAUCUGUAUUAAUGAUGGAAACAGAGAUAUUAUAGCUACAUUUUGUUUUCUGGCACACUUUGCUUACAAUAUGUUAUGACAAACCAUCAAUUGAUAA